AUGCACACGCAACGAUUCAAUUUAAAUUUAACGCGUUUAAAGUUAAACUCAAGUUUUCAGUAUUGCCAAGAAUUACCACAAAUCUUCCUCUAUCUGAAAUUGACAAAGGCCAUUUACAGAUACCAGACAGUAUUACAUUCGCUGAUCCAUUAUUCUAUAAGCCCGGAAGUAUCGACGUAUUGUUGGGAAGUAGGGGUAUUCUGGGACUUGUUGUGCGUUGGACAAAUCAAACUCCGAAGAAAUCAACCAGUCGCACAAAAAAUUAAGCUAGGUUGGAUCAUCGCGGGACCACUCAGCCUUCAAAAUCCGAGGGAACCGUCAACAGCGUCAGUCUGUUUCUUUUCCAACAGCGAUAAUAUCGAAACACAGUUAGAACGAUUCUGGCAAGUCGAAGAGGGCAGUCUCCACGCCAACUUAUCAGAAACAGAACAAAUUUGCGAAGAUGAAUUCAUGAAGGGGCAUCGACGCAAUGCAGGAGGACGCUUCGAGGUCCGGCUGCCAUUACGUGACAAGGUGGAACGUCUCGGACAGUCACGAGAAAUCGCCAUUAAACGUCUAAAGGAAUUAGAGCGGAAAUUCGUCUCAUCUUCUGAAUUGAAAGUGCAAUACACUAACUUCAUGCAAGAAUAUCAAGAGUUAGGUCACAUGUCCGAAGUCAUAAAUCAAGGGGCAAACGGAACUGUUAAUUAUUUACCGCAUCACGGAAUUUGGAAAGAUGACAGCCUGGCCACGAAAAUCCGAGUCGUGUUCGACGCCUCGUGUCCUACAACAUCAGGGGUGUCUCUUAACAACAUACUUCAUGUUGGACCAACUAUUCAACAGGACUUAUUCUCCAUUAUACUUAGAUUUCGCCAACAUCAAUUCGUGAUUACGGCAAAUAUCAAGCAGAUGUACAGACAAAUCCUACAGGACGACCAACGAGAUUUGCAACAAAUUGUAUGGCGACCAAACACAAACGAACAAAUUCAGGAAUAUCGCCUUAACAUUGUGACUUACGGAUUGGCCAGUGCAUCAUUUCUAGCUAUUUGUUGUCUCCACCAACUGGCAAACGAAAAUCAAGAAAAUUAUCCCACUACUAGCGAUGUUAUUCGCAAUGAUUUUUACGUCGACGACCUUAUAUCUGGUGGAAACCAUCCGGACUCCUUAAUACGGCUGAAAACUGAGUUGACAAAAAUUUUUCAAUCAGCGGGUUUCGCUCUACACAAAUGA